GUGGUCAGGCUGCGCUGCGAGGAGCUCUUCACUCCACAGCUGGAUUACACUCACAUUUACUCUCAUCAACAGCAUCCUUCAGAUUAUCUGUGUGGUGAGCGCCCCCUGCUGAAGGCUGAGUGGCAUGAGCGCGUGCGGGAGGAAGGCCCUGACCCUGCUCAGCAGUGUGUUUGCGGUAUGCAGUCUGGGGCUGCUGGGUAUCGCCGUCAGCACUGACUACUGGCUCUACCUGGAGGAGGGCGUCAUCCUGCCUCUCAACCAGAGCGCUGACAUACGCAUGUCCAUCCACUCCGGCCUCUGGAGAGUCUGUUUUCUGGCAGGUGAGGAGAGGGGUCGCUGCUUCACCAUCGAGUAUGUGAUGCCCAUGAGCGUUCAGCUGACCAGUGAGUCUACUGUCAGUGUCCUGAAGAUGAUUCGUUCGGCCACGCCGUUCCCCCUGGUCAGUUUGUUCUUUAUGUUCAUUGGUUUUGUGCUCAGCAAUAUCGGACACAUUCGGCCACAUCACACCAUACUGGCGUUUGUCUCCGGAAUCUUCUUCAUCCUGUCAGGUCUGUCUCUGGUGGUUGGUUUGGUUCUCUACAUCUCCAGCAUAAAUGACGAGAUGUUCAACAGGACCAAGAGUAAUGAGGCGUAUUUCAGCUAUAAGUACGGCUGGUCUUUUGCAUUCGCUGCCAUUUCCUUCCUGCUCACCGAGAGUGCAGGUGUGAUGUCUGUCUACCUGUUCAUGAAGCGUUACACAGCGGAGGAAAUCUACCAGCCCCACCCCAGCUUCUACCGGCCGCGCCUGAGCAACUGCUCCGAUUACUCGGGUCAGUUCCUUCAGCCCAACGCCUGGACGCGGGGACGCAGCCCGUCAGACAUCUCCAGCGACACCUCACUCCAGAUGAACGCCAGCUACCCUGCCCUGCUCAAGUGCCCUGACUACACCCAGGUGUCUUCCUCUCCCUGCUGAAGCACAGGAAAUGAGUUCAGUGUUCAUCAGAACUGAGUUUUAAACAUAUAUGUGUGUCUUUGCCUUAUGAUAGGGAACAGACUGAUAGAAUGUAGGAUUGUAAUUUUCCUGUUCUGUAGUGAGCGUGAACUGAUGACUUUGUUCCAGCAGGUGACAGUAUAGUAUUCUUCUCCGGAGUGAUUCACACACUAAGAUGUAUAAUCAUUGAAGUUUAAUGUACAACUGAGUGUCGAUCCAUGUAAAUAUGUAUGGUGCUUAUACAAAUAUGAAUUGUAGCCGUUAUGGAACACUAGCCUUCAACUAGAUCAAUAUGCUUUCAAGAAUAGCCUAAAUUUAUUUGUAAUGUGUAUUAUAUAUGUAUUGUGAUUAUAAUAUCUAUUCAUAUCAAAUUGUAUUCUUAUAGAGGUUGUUCUGACAAAAUUAUUAGUAAAUAAGUGCAGAAAUUGUCUUUAUAUCUAUAGAACAAAAUGAACAUGCAAUUUACAUAUAAUGGAUAAAGUACAACGGAACAAAUGUACCAUGAAUCUCACUAGGAUCGUGUAUUAUUGCACAGCUGAAAUGAAGCGUAUCAAAAGUAGAACAACUGUAAAAAUCAAA